UGGCAGAGUAUCCACACGUUCUUACUGGGGAUUGCGCAUGAGUGUUUGCAAUUUGCUCGGGCGUAGCCUGAGUUUAUUCGAGACUUCAACAGCGAUUGAUUAGUUUCGUCGAAUUAACACAAGCAGAAAAGUGAGAUGAGAUAGAAGUUGGACGAAACGAAGUCACUUAAGUUUUUGUUUUGGAAGCUGAAAUCAGCUUCGCCAUGGGGUGUUGCAGCAGUGCAGAGAGCAAGCGUGAUUGGAAGCCACUGGAGGAUAGACACUGCACAGAUAUUCCCUGGCUCAUCAUAUUCAUUGCUUUUUGUGCUGGAAUGGGAGGUAUCUGUAUCUUCGCCAUUACCACCGGAGCAGCCUCCAGACUCAUCUCUGGAUAUGACAGCUAUGGCAACAUCUGUGGCCAGAGAAACACCAAGAUCGAGGGAAUAGAACUCAGUGGACGGGACCUGACUGAAAAUAAGUUUGUUUUCUUUUUGGAGCCUUGCAACAUCAACUUCAUUAACAGGAAUGUCAAGUCAAUGGCUGUGUGUGUUUUCAAGUGCCCUGAUACUGAACUAAGGACAUACAAUGAUUUAAAGAAAUUUGCACUUGCCAAUGGAUCUCAACUCUGUUCCUAUGACAUUUCUCCAACAAGGUAUCCAAACCACCCAGACAGAUCUAGUAAAUGCCCCAAACUGCCAGUUCCACCAAGCAAAUCUGUUCCACUGCUCCACCGCUGUGUUCCUGUGGACAUCAGUUGUUACGCUGAGUUUGUGCAGGCCUUUGUCACCUUUGUCAACGAUAACAGUGUUUUAAACAAGGUCAUUGCUGGAGUCAUGGCCAGCAAGGAGAUCAUCAUGGGACUUUGUCUGCUGGCAUUAGUUCUCUCCUUGCUGCUGAUGGUGAUCAUCCGUUAUAUCUCAAUUGUACUGGUGUGGAUACUGACGGUCUUGGUUGUUCUGGGUUCCAUAGGUGGGACAGGCAUCCUCUGGUGGCUGUAUGUGGACCACAGGAGUGCCCUUAAUGAUAAAACCCUAUCGGUGUUUGGGAAAGAAGUGGUCUCGGACAAUGUUCAAGCCCUGCUUGUGUAUGCCAUCAUUGCUACUGUUUUCACGGUAAUUCUCCUCCUGCUGUUGUUCUUCAUGAGGAAGCGUGUAGCCCUUACCAUUGCCCUGUUCCAUGUGGCUGGUAAGGUAUUCAUCCAUCUGCCCCUGUUGGCGCUGCAGCCAUUUUGGACCUUUAUCAGCCUCAUGCUAUUCUGGGUCUAUUGGAUCGCUGUGCUCCUCUUCCUUGGCGUUUCAGGUAUCCCAGUUAAGAACAACUCAACAGGUCUUGCAGAGUACCAAAUGAAAGAACCUGUUCGGUACAUGGCGUGGUACCAUGCUGUUGGUCUCAUCUGGAUCAGUGAGUUCAUACUAGCCUUUCAGCAGAUGACAAUUGCUGGAGCUGUAGUUAAUUACUACUUCACAAGGAAUAAAUCGCAGCUCUCGCUCACUCCUAUCCUUUCAUCUGUGGUGCGUGUGUUGCGUUACCACUUGGGCACUAUAGCGAAAGGCUCCUUCAUCAUCACUCUUGUGAAGAUCCCACGUCUCAUCCUGAUGUACAUCCAUAGCCAGCUCAAAGGAAAAGAAAAUGCCUGUGCCCGAUGCAUGUUAAAAGCUUGUGUGUGCUGCCUGUGGUGUCUUGAGAAGUGUCUAGCAUAUCUUAAUCAAAAUGCUUAUACAGCAACAGCCAUCAACAGCACCAAUUUCUGUACCUCAGCCCGCGAUGCCUUCACAAUCCUGGUGGAGAACGCCCUCAGAGUGGCUGCCAUUAACACAGUUGGAGACUUUGUCCUCUUCCUUGGAAAGGUUAUAGUAGUUUCCUGUACAGCCUUUGCUGGGGUUUUGGCGCUGAACUACCAGAGAGAGUACACCGUAUGGGUUCUGCCUCUUCUCAUCGUGUGUCUGUUUGCCUUCUUGGUGGCCCACUGUUUCCUUUCUGUGUUUGAGAUUGUGGUAGAUGUCCUCUUCCUCUGUUUUGCUGUGGACACAAAGUAUAAUGAUGGCAGCCCUGGGAGAGAAUAUUUCAUGGACAAGGCCCUUAUGGAGUUUGUUGAGAACAGCAAGAAAAAAGGCCGUUACAAAGCAGAUGAGGGAGAGGGACGUGAGAUGAAGUCCAUGGCUCAUGGUGGGACUUUAGCAUGACUGGCCAAUGCAUACUACAUGUACUAAAAAUACCCAAAAAGCUUAACUCUUUGUGAAAUAUGGUCAUCCGUAUUUCACUCCAGGGACGUCAGUAUCAUGAUGCACUUUAUGGAGAAGCUUUACAUAGUUUUAAAGAAACGUGCUUUUUGUAAUGUCUGCCAUAAUCAGAGGAAAUGGGGCAUCCGGGUGGCGUGGCGGUCUAUUCCGUUGCUUACCAACAUGGGGCUCGCCAGUUUGAAUCCCCGUGUUACCUCCAGCUUGGUCAGGCGUCCCUACAGACAAAAUUGGCCAUGGAUGCAGGUGGAAAGCCAAAUGUGGGUAUGUGUCCUGGUCGCUGCACUAGCACCUCCUCUGGUCGGUGCAAUUGAAAAUGACAUUUUAUUUGAUGUGUUAAUCUGUGUGUAAUGCUUACACAUUUAAUAUGGCAGAUACAUUGUAUCAAAUGUAUGUUUUUCCAUUAAUAUUUUGGCUUUGUUUCAUAUCAUUGUAUUCAUUUGUUUUUUGCCAUCUUCCUUUUUUUGUCACCUUCCCCUUAAAUUUUAACAAGAAAUGAAAUAUAUUUCUUUUUCAGCAUUAUGUCAUGCAAAUAAAGCCAUUUGAAUUUGUUAGUUUCUGUCAAUAGUUCUGUGUUUAUUGUGGAAUGGAUAGUCAUGUUUUGUCCCAGGCUGAUUUAGUUGUUUUACUUUGUGCAAAGAUAAAGGGACAGAUCAUGGUGAAUAAACAAAAAC